CCUAAAAGCGUUCUAGCCGGCUGCUUGUUAUAAUGACUGGCCAGAUCGAGAGGAUUCUUAUAUUUAUUACUUUAUUCAAACAGACUUAAUGGAUAGGUCUUGCUUAUACUAGGCUGGGAAGAUCUGUAGAGCCAAUUACACGUCUGGUUUGUUCUAACGAUAUAAUAUCUUGGAAAGGUUCCGGUCAACGACAAAAGGCUGCCAUUGUACUAUACAAGAUGGCGACAAUACCGCUUUUCUUCUCACUGGUACUAUUCUUGCGGCUUUAUCAUGCCUAUAGGCUUGAAAAGCAACAAGAGGGUAAAAGUAAAAACAUCGUUGCCUCAAAAGACCUCGUGUCAAAAACCGACAAUCCGCAAGGUGACGACGAGGUCUUGCCCGUACAUUUCAUAGAUCAGGCUACCAUUGUACGCACAUCCAUUAUCAACUAUACUUUUCGCUACAACGACGUUCUCGAUGCGGCAAAACUUCAUAGAGGUCUACUCCAGCUGUUGCAGAUCCCGGGAUGGAACAAGCUUGGAGGCCGGCUCCGAACCACUAAAAACGGAAAACUUGAGAUUCAUGUACCCAGAAACUUCAGCAAAACCCGCCCUGAAGUGAAGUUCUCUCACGUCGACUACUCCGAUAUCAAAAUCGACUCCCACGGUCUGGCAUCACAACUACCCAGACCCACAGGGUCUACACCAUCCGUACAGGAGGGCUGCCACGCGUUCCGGUCAUUUGCUUUGCCCACUGAUCUUCCCAACAAUAUCGAGCAUUACUGGAAGAACGACCAGCCGAUGUUGUCUCUGCAUGUAACAUCCUUCGCGGACGCCACACUGGUUGGCUUGACCUUUCCGCACUCCCUCACUGACGCCAUGGGCACAUCAGAGUUUCUCAAGGCGUGGUCCAAUGUCGUGGCUGGCAAGAGCAGCUUCGUGAAGCCCCUUCAGGGAACUCAGGUAGAUGUGCUUGGCAAUAUUGGGACGAGCCUUGAUAAGAAAGCUUCGCAGGGAGAAUUCGCCCUGGAAGGCCAACAAACCCGGGGGUUCUCCUUACUAUCCUUUAUUGCUCGCUACAUGUGGGAUGCCACGACUCGACGAUCUAUUCGGACGCGACACAUCUACCUGCCUGCUAAAUACAUGUCGUAUCUCCGCCAGGAUGUCGAGGAGGAGCUGAAGAGGCAAAAUGGCGGCGUUGUCCCGUUUGUUAGCGACGGCGAUCUCAUCACAGCCUGGGGCGCUCGCAUGGUCAUGUCAUCGAGCCCAUGGAAGAACUGCAGUGCCGUGAUUUGCAACGUCUUCGACCUCCGCGGGCGUCUCAAGGACACAUUUGCUCGCGGGGGCACAUACCUUCAGAAUCUGAUCCUGCCGGCAACAACUGUCUUGUCAAAGGAAGAAGCGGCCACCGCCACGACUGCCCAGAUCGCUCUGGGCCUGCGGAAGGCCAUCGUAGAGCAGACUGAUGAUGUACAAGCUCGGCGACUCAUGCGUAUCGCACGUCGGUGGUUCUCGAGCAUGGGCACGAUGCCCUUGUUCGCAAAGUGGGACUCGCGAGUCGUCGCAUGCACGAACUGGUCAAAGGCCAAAUUUUUAGACGCAGCUGAUUUCGGCCCCAACGCUUUGAUUGCGGGUGGUAUGGGCAAUCGCAAAUACAGCGGUACGAGGGUGGCUACAACAAAUACGGAAACGGCACAGGCACAGGCACAGGCACAACCAGGCAGACCAGUCAUGUACUGGGGCACGACUCUGAGCGUUACUGACAAACCCCGCGACACCUUCGUGAUCUAUGGCAAAGACGCAGGCAGUAACUACUGGGUCCACGCUUACUUGAGGGAGGAAACGUGGAGCUUGAUCCAGAAAGAACUCGACUCAUUUAGAUAAGGUAGCUGUAGUUGUUGGGCAGCAAAGUUAGGUAUGUUGGUGAUGAAGGAGAAGCUAGCAACAAUUAAGUUACAUUACGUUUGAGAAUACAGGAGAGCGAGCUUGGAACUAAUGAGCUGGCAAGAGUUGCGGUGUACUUUACUGUACUCAAGAUUGAUACUUGAUAUAAUGUGUUGGUGGCUUCUCGAGUCUGCAGAAUUCGCUGCUGAUGAAGCUGGCGAUAUAUGUUCCGGUCCAUAGACAAACAUUUGGAAUUCAUAAAUGAAUUACGUGCAUUAGCCAAUAGACUAGUUCAUUGCCCAAUCAACGCAUUUUCUAGCUUGACUAG